UGCAGCCAAAAUGUUUUCCUUUGGCACAGCGGAUUAUAUUGUGUUUUCAUUCAUGUUAAUGGUAUCGGCCGGUAUUGGGGCCUAUUUUGGGUUCUUUUCAAAAUCGAAAAAUACCACCGAAGAAUAUCUAAUGGGCGGCAAGAAAAUGAAAACCCUACCCAUAGCCAUAUCGUUGGUGGCAAGUCAACUGUCUGGCAUAGCCAUUAUGUCGGUACCCUCGGAAAACUAUUCCUUUGGCAUUGGUUAUAUGUUUAUGGUCUCGGGCGUAACCAUGGUUAUACCGAUUUUAAAUUAUAUUAUUAUACCGGUAUUCUACAACAACAACAUCACAAAUUGUUAUGAGUAUCUUCAAUUGCGUUUCAAUAAAUUAACCCGAAAACUUAUUACCGGAACUUUUGUUUUAAGUACCUGUCUGAUGCUGCCUGUGAUUAUGUUUGUGCCAUCAUUGGCCUUUGCCCAAGUGACCGGCAUUAAUAUUCAUAUUAUCAACACCAUAGUGUGUUCCAUCUGCAUAUUCUAUACCAUGUUGGGUGGUAUUAAGGCUGUUGUCUGGACCGAUGUAGUGCAGGCUGGCAUUAUGGUAACCUCAGUUUUAUUGGUUGCCAUAUUGGGUAUCAGCAAAGUUGGUGGCCUGGGAAAGGUUCUGGAUCUUGCCGAUAAGGGUAAACGCUUGGAUCUAUACUACGGUUUGGAUCCCCGCAUUCGGAACUCUGUGGUGGGUAUGUUCAGUGCUGGCCUGUUUCUGUGGGUUGGACAUCUGGGUUUAAAUCAAAGCUGUGUACAGCGUAUUGUUUCGCUACCUAGUCUGAAGCAUGCCAAAAAAUCUCUAGUAUUGACCGGAUGUGGUGUACUCGUCAUCAUGUUGUCCAAUUGCUUCACCGGUGUCAUUAUGUAUGCCCGUUAUGCCGGCUGUGAUCCCAUUUUGGCUGGAGUUGUUGAAAAAGCCGACAAAAUGAUGCCAUUCUUUGUGCAGGAUGUUGUGGGACAUUUAAGCGGAAUGCCGGGUAUUUUCAUUUCGUGUGUCUUCAGUGCCGCCUUGAGUACCAUGUCGGCAACGCUUAACUCUUUGGCUGGUGUUGCCUACUUCGAUUACAUUAAACCGUUUAUCAGACAUACCGAUGCUCGGGCCAAUGCUAUUAUGAAGCUAUUUGUUGUCGUUAUGGGUUGUUAUUGUAUUGCCGGUGGAUUUUUGGUGGAGAAAUUAAUACUUCAAACGAUAUUGACGAUAUUUUCGCUGAACACGGGAGCUGUGGUGGGUGUGUUUAUGUUGGAUGAUGAUGAUGGUGAUUCGCCGGUAGAUGGAGAAGCUAUGACAGCUAAAUUUGAUGAAGCCUCCGAAUUGUAUCAGGAAUGCAAGGUGAAGGUUAUGGAAGCAAGUCAAGCCAAAAUACAACCAAAGAUACAUGAAAGCACUAGGGUAGAGACAACUAUGAUUGGUAAUGGUGUUUCAGGGUUAAAACUACCACCAUGUGAUGUUCAACAUUUCGAAGGAGGAUAUUCAAAUUGGCCGGCCUUUAGAGACAUUUUUCAAGCCGUUUUCAUCAACCACCCUGGUUUAACAGAUGCUCAAAGACUGUAUCAUUUAAGGAGUAAAACCAAAGGAGAAGCCUUGCAGAUUGUUCAACGGUUUGAAUUGUGUGACACCAACUUUCGGCUUGCUUGGGAAGCAUUAAAAAAUAGGUUUGAAAAUACUCGAAUACUUGUACAUCAACAAAUGAAGAAACUUUUUGGAAUGCAAGUAGCCUCGUGCGAAACGUCUAAAUCGAUACGUCAAAUUCAAAAUUGCAUUAAUGAAAGUAUAAGUAUUUUCAACUCCUACAAGAUUAAUACGGAUAAUUGGGAUCCUAUAGUAGUUCAUUUGUGUUCAACCAAAUUGGCAGAGGAUACAUUGAGAGCAUGGGAAGAUUCACUUAGCGAGCAUAAGGAGCUGCCAUCCUGGCCCCAGUUAGAUUCGUUCUUAAAUAAUGGACGUAACUUUGUCGGUGCCAAUCGCAAACUCCUACAAGAACAUGCUGAAUUUUUAAAAGCUCUAGGAGAAAAACUGUGUGUUAAUUACAGCGAACAAGGAUUCACUUGGUCCUUCAUACCCCCAUACGCACCACACAUGGGCGGCCUGUGGGAGGCUGCCGUGAAGAGUAUGAAAUCACAUUUAAAAAAGGUGACCUUAAAUUGGAACUUUACAUUUGAAGAAUUUACGACGCUCCUCAUACGCAUUGAAGCUGUUCUCAACUCGAGACCGUUGAGCUCCAUAUCGGAAGAUCCAAAUGAAUUAGUUCCCCUUACGCCUGGUCAUUUUUUGCGAGGAGCUCCCCUCACAGCUCCACCUGAGCCUUGUCCAUCUAUACCCAUCGAAUCUCUUUCAUAUGUCAACAGAUGGCAAAGUUUAAUACAAAACAACACCUUGAAAACUUCCCAACUCUCCGUGCCCAUAAAUGUUACAACAACGUCGACAGAGACUCCUGAUCUAGUCACCACAGCCUUCGGCAGUAAUCGUCCAUUUUCGUUAUAUGAAAUCUCUUUCUAUUGGUAUCAGGUAAUUGGUACCCUCUUCGUGUGGUUAACAGCCAUACCUCUGAGUUAUAUUUGGAAACCGACGGAAGAUGAAAAAUGUGAUCCCAAAUUAUAUUCACCAAUUAUUGGCAGAUGGUUGAAGGGCGCCAAGGAACCAAUGGGUUAUGCGGCCGAAAGUGUUCCCCUAAAGACACCACAUCCAUCGUUGGCUGAUGAAAAUCUUCAAAUUACAUUAAAUAGCAAACAAUAG